UCCUUGUGCUGGAGUCCACGAUCGCGAACUUUGGCAGAUCCAGUGUACCGCCUUACUGCUGGUGGCGUUGUUGGCAUGCUAAGCAUGGCAGAUGAUCCCAAGCCCACGAGCACCAAGCCACAGUCCUUCUGCGAUGCCACCUGGUCUCCCGUAAGCUAUGGAUGGCAGCCCAGUCUGCUCUACAACCAGCACUUUGGCCUUCCUCCAUUGUUGGACUCCAGGGAUCUCAGCUGGAUGGAGAAUCUCUUCAGAAAGCUGGGGAGCUCCUCCUGGCCCGGUUACACCAGGGCCUCCAGGGUCAUGAGCAUGAAGGUCCACAGGGAGUUGAGCGAAGGGGUGUCCGAGGUUUACACCGAGCAGUGCAAAUGGACGGUUAGUCUGGAUGUCAACCAUUUCGCACCCACAGAGCUAACUGUCAGGACGCAGAGUGGCUUUCUAGUAAUUGAAGGAAAACACGAAGAGAGACAGGAUGAGCAUGGCUACAUCUCUAGAUGUUUCACAAGGAAAUACAAGCUUCUGUCGGGAGUAGAUGCAGAGACUAUACGAUCUUUCCUGACUGGAGAUGGAAUCCUUACGGUUGAAGCCAAAUUAACUAGCGCUCCCCAGCCGGCCGACAUCACUAUUCCAGUCCAGGUGGAGGCACCAACCGUUGAAGGCAAACAGGAAGACGACCUCCAGGGUGAGGAGACUGCUGAAGGGGAAGGGAUCCCACCGAGCGAGCAAGAUGCUUCUCAGUCCACCGUCCCUCCAGGCCUUGAAAAGAAGCCUGAGGAUGAAUCUGAAGCCCAGCCGACUGAAUCCGAUGAAAGGCUUCAUCCCACAGCUCCUGCCAUAGAGGGAGAAGAGACACCCAAACCAAGCACUGCUGCGGAGAGUCAGCAAGAAGAAAAGCCUGAGAAAGAACCGAUGCCGGAGGAGGAACAACAGCAAGUCUCUGAGGAAAAGGUUGAAGAUGCUGGGGAGGCCCCAGAGGAGGCGCAGGAGUCUACAGAGCAACCUGAAGCUGUUCAAGAUCCGUACACUGUGACGCCCCAGUUGGAGGAGAAAGCCGAAGCCGUGUCAGAUGGAGAUGUCCAGGAACCUGAGGGAGAAGGGGAGGUGCAGCUUGCUGAAGCUGAGAGUGAGCAACCCGCCACUGGGCAAACUCAGGAGGAGAUUCCCUCUCAGCUGGAGGUCCAGCCACAGGUGGUGCUGGAGGAAAAGAUGGAGGCCAAGUAGAUGAAGAUCUAUCCACGAAAGGUGAGAAUGAAACCCAGCUCGUCUUUGAUUCAAGCAGUCUUCUCAUCAGUUAACUGACCACGAGUGUUAUCUGAGAUUUUGCUGUAACACGCAACCUUUAAGCACUAAUAAAGCAGCAGCACAUAAAA